CUCCAUUAACACACAAAAAUAUCAUCAAAUCAAUGUCUUCCUCACUCAACAACAGCAGAGCUCUACUCUUAUUACUUCUUUCCAUAAUUACCCUUUCCAUUGUCGAAGCCAAAGUCCCCCAAAAUGCCACUUUCCAAUACGUAAACGAAGGAGAGUUCGGUCCAUACAUUAUCGAAUACAACGGAAACUACCGUCCUUUGCCUAUCUCAAACUCACCAUUCCAACUUUUUUUCUAUAACACAACUUCUAAUGCCUUCACCCUCGCCAUCCGCAUGGGCACCCAGCGAUCCGAGUCGCUCCGCCGAUUCGUUUGGGAGGCCAACCGAGGCAACCCAGUUGGCGAAAACGCCACGCUCACAUUCGGUGCCGAUGGAAACCUCGUCCUAGCCGAGGCCGACGGCAGAGUGGCCUGGCAAACCAACACGGCCAACAAAGGCGUCGUUGGCUUGGAAUUGCUUCCUAAUGGGAACAUGGUUUUGCACGACUCCAAUGGUCGUUUUGUCUGGCAAAGUUUCGAUUACCCAACUGAUACUAUCUUAGUGGGCCAGGCCUUACGGGCCGGAGCCCAACACAAGCUGGUCAGUCGCCUCUCUGAAACGGAGAACAAAAAUGGGCCUUACAGCAUGGUGUUGGAGCCCAAAAGACUCGCUCUCUAUUACACUACCAAGAACUCUCCGACGCCUUUGCUUUACUAUGAUUUCUCGUCAUUUGCUGGCAGCUCGUUUCAGAACCCUCCAACGAACUUGACAUUGGAAGCUUCUUCCGACUCUUAUGAUGGUUUUGCUUACGACAUGUCGUUUAUUUCCCCAAACGGUGCUGGGGGUUAUUUGUUCACAAGGCCCAACUACAACAGUACGCUGUCGUUUUUGAGGCUUGGGAUCGAUGGAAACGUAAAGAUGUAUACCUACUACGACAAAGUGGAUUGGAGAGGGUGGGAAGUGACUUUCAUCCUUUUGGAUAGAGAAAUGAGUAAUGGUUGGGAGAGCGAGUGCCUGUUGCCUGGGCGAUGUGGGACUUUUGGGGUUUGUGAGAACGAUCAGUGUGUGGCUUGUCCUUCGGAGAAUGGACUUUUGGGUUGGAGCAAGAAUUGUGAGCCCAAAAAGUUGAAGUCUUGUAAGCCAAGUGAUUUUCACUUCUACAAAAUCGAGGGAGUUGAUCAUUUCUUGAGUAAGUAUACAAAGGGUAGUUCUGUCAAGGAAAGUGAAUGUGGGAACAAGUGCACUUCGGAUUGCAAGUGUUUGGGGUACUUUUAUCACAAACAAGCUUCGAGGUGUUGGAUUGCUUAUGAUUUGAUGACUUUGACAAAAGUUGACAACUCUACCCACGUGGGCUAUAUCAAGACACCUAAUUAAAUUUCUAGUUUGUAGUAAUCUUUAUUUGGGAAUAAAGUGAAUCCAACUCAUGUUGUAUAAUUUGAGUCUUUUGAAUUCAUGAUUCUAAUUUGAAUGUUUUUAGUCAAACUAAUAAAUAAUACAACAUGAGUAUAUAACUCGUUGGCUAA